CUUCAGGCAAUCUGAUCCAUCAUAGCCUACCUAGCUUAACAGGCAACCAUGCCUAAAAAGGUCAAUAUCGACACAUAAAAUCCAUAUAUGCUUAUCAAACUUCAAGACCACAUGAGUCAGAAACGGAGAUAUUAGCUCUAAAUCCCGCCUCAGCCUUAAAUGUCAAAGCAAAGGCGCGUCGAGCUACCCCAGAAUUUAUACAACUUUCAUUGCUUCAUACACAACAAAACAAUGAUAAUAUACUACCUAGGUAUUCGAUUCAUUAUAUUUAUUUGAUAUUCUUACUAUGAUAUGUAUCUAUUUUGAGACGGAAUAAAAUCAUUUAAGUUAGUUGCGAUCAAUGACCCUCAAUUAUAGGUAAUUAUAGUUGAUCAACGCCUUCCUCACAUGUGGACUUCGAUAAAUCAACUCAUCUAUUGUAUAUCCUCUGAUCGCGUAUACCCUCUAAUUUCUAGAAAUCUUCCGAAACCAGUACCCCAUCUCGGUAAAUUGAAUGAGAAAGCAAGUCGCACAACCACAUACUACGCAGCACAGAGGUGUAAACUUUCGUUUGGCAACCAAUCCCUAGGACCUUUAUACACCCUUCCACAAAGACGCCAAUCUCAUAACCCUAGGCGCGCUCCAUCACAGGCCUGCUACGUAAGAAAUAUGGCGACACGCAGAUCUACGCGAUUGAGCGCAGCGUCAACGACUUCCAAGUCCACAAUAGCACCCCCUCCACCUACCCCAGUACCAAGAGGACGAAAGAGGAAAGCUGGGUCGGACGAGUCACAGCAGGAGGGACCGAAUGGGGCUCAGGAAGGGCACAAGGAGAUCAAAGAGGCGCCGGCGGCAGCACCUACAACUCCCAAGAAGCGCCGUACCCGGAAGCCUGUUGAUCCUCCGCCCUCAACACCUACACCUAGCAACGCGCAGCUCAUUGGCGAACCUGCCAGGACUCUUGAGACCCCCAAACCGAAGCCAGCGGCAGUUAGGCGGCUAGCGGACCCGAACGCUACCAACGCAACACUUCUCUCACCAGAGACAUCACGAGUUAUAACUAGAGCUGUUUCACCAUCUAAAGCGGAUGCCAGUAAGGUAACGACAACUAAUCUUCUCGAAGAAGCAUGUAAUCAUCUCAUUGGUGUCGAUGAGCGAAUGAGGCCGCUAAUCGAAAAGCAUCAUUGUCGAAUUUUUUCCGCAGAGGGAUUGAGCGAAAAGAUUGACCCCUUCGAAUCACUCUGUAGUGGUAUCAUCUCCCAGCAGGUUUCGGGAGCAGCUGCCAAGGCAAUCAAGCAACGGUUUAUUGCUCUGUUCGACGACGGUGGUAAAUUCCCUCACCCGUCCCAGGUAGCUGGGUGCAGCAUCGAGCAGCUCCGGACAGCAGGGCUCUCUCAACGAAAGGCCGAGUAUGUGCAAGGUCUCGCGGAGAAGUUUACUAGUGGCGAAUUAAGCGCACAAAUCCUAGCAGACGCUUCCUAUGAUGUUGUUCUGGGGAAGUUGAUUGCAGUGAGGGGAUUAGGUCGUUGGUCUGUCGAGAUGUUCGCAUGCUUCGGUCUAAAGAGAAUAGACGUUUUCUCUCUUGGAGACCUAGGUGUGCAGAGAGGAAUGGCUGCAUUCGUGGGACGAGAUAUUGCAAAAUUGAAGAAUAAGGGCGGCAAAUGGAAGUACAUGUCAGAAAGUGAGAUGAAAGAAAUCUCCGACAAAUUCGCUCCAUAUAGGAGUCUCUUCAUGUGGUACAUGUGGAGGGUCGAGGAGACCGAUAUAAGUACACUGGAAUAGAUUCAGCGUUGCGGCUUAACUCUGAAACUAUACAAACCAUCACAAGCUACAUCGUAUUGAUAGACUAAGAACUGAUCCGGGUUCUCGCGUUAUUCACUGUGUGCUCGUCUUGGAUUAAAGAUUGUUCUCGGCUCAACAACUCGGUAGAAGACAUUCAGCUCAUUCAUUGCAUACUCUAAACCCACCUACCUAGGAAGGUACAGACAGACACCAAUGGAGUCCGACGAUGUAACUGGUUGCUUUCAUUGACGAUAAGUACACACUAACUACAGGAUUGCAAUAAAGCGGGUUUAAAGUAGUUGAAGUUAC